GUCACGCUCGUGCACUGCUCGAUGAGCACGCAGGACCAUAAGGACCAGCCAGCAACACUUGUCGGUGGAUCACAUGAUAUGACAAAGCAGCUAGCCACUUCCUGUGUUUGACUGCUAGCCGAAUCCCAUACGGACGCCGACAGUGCGACUACUGUGUCAUCCAAGAUGCUGGCUCUCAUAAACAGGCUUUUGGACUGGUUCAGGUCCCUCUUCUGGAAAGAGGAGAUGGAGCUGACGCUGGUGGGACUGCAGUACUCUGGAAAAACCACAUUCGUUAAUGUGAUUGCAGUAAGUAGCUAAAGCAGGGACUGUCAGUUUGGGCCCAGACUACUACCUGGCGAAUGUUUCAGACAAAGGAUAUGUCAUAAACCAGAUGUAAUCAUUACAGCAUUAAACGCUUCUUCAGAGAAUUCGGAGGCCUUUCGUUGGACUUAAAGAUCGUGUUGCCCGUGUACUGCGGUCCUGGUUUCUCUGAGCUGUUGUUUAGCAGGCUAGAAUGACGAAGUUCUUGGUAUGACUGUGCGCCUACUUAUGACAGCAGUCAUGUGAACGGGCUUGUCAUUGCUUUGUUAGAGCUACCUGCGUGUCAACAUCAAGGCUGUGUGUGUUGACAGCUUGUAAACUUGUAAACUUUGUCAACAGUUUGUCUUGACGACGUCUUCUUGUGAGGGUAAGCUCAACAGGACAGGCCUAGAGUCUGCAAGACCAGGCUGGAGGAUUUCAUAUUAUAGGAAUUGAUGGUGUAUAGAUUUGUAGAUGAUCUACACCAUCUUUUAUAUGUUGCAUGUACUUAUAAAGACUUAACUCGUGCAAUUAGUAUGGAUUAUUUGGAUAAUUAUUACAGGACCACUGCCAGCUCUCACUGUUGUUGAAGAGUUUAAGGUUUUAUAUGUACUGCCACGUUUGUUGGACCUCUUUGAGUCUGGGUAAGGGGCUGGGGUAAUACUCUGUCAUGUGUCUGGUCCUUGUUUGCACUCUCACUCGCCCUAAACAGAAGUUGUAAACCACUUUACCGCACACUCACUAGCUUAACACACACACUGCUACGGUCAUGUAAGGUGAUCUGACAAAUCAGCCUUUCCGCACCACACUGUUAUUGUCAGGCUGUUAAAGUUAUCCACUACAUUUAGAGUGUCCAGACAGGCUUGUUAAACUCUAAGAGGGUGAUACACAAUGGUCAUCGUCAUCGUGAGGAGAAUGCUGCUCUUAAAGCUUGUUGAAUGUCAAGGAUACGAAGCUCUGUCUGAAUGUAGGAAGCGUGGUAAGGUGGUAGGCAUGCUGAUGCAUAGAUGGCAUCAUCCAAAUAUGAUUCAUGGGGUUUCGGGACAAGCAUCCGAUAAGAGGCCACUAACAACAACAGUAAUCAACUUACCUUUUUCCUCUUUAAGAUAAGUUAAGAUACUCCUUUAUUCAUACCACAAGGAGAAAUUCGUCAGUACUGACCUCAUGAAGAAAUUAAAAGUUUACAUCUGCUCAGCCUUCUAUGUAACUUCUAAGUUAGAUGAAUCCUUGCAGAUGACUUCAAUGUAUGACAUUAGAUGAAACUAGAUAGUACCAGCUAUCUAAUUGUAAUACUACUUGAGAGUGAGACCUCUCAUUUCUCUUUUUCAGUCAGGCCAGUUCAGCGAGGACAUGAUUCCCACAGUGGGUUUCAACAUGCGCAAGGUCACCAAAGGCAACGUGACAAUAAAGGUAAAUAAAAGCGACUCUACACAGGAUCACAUUUUGUCUUAAGCCAUCGAUUCAGCCCUUUAGGAUCCUUUUUAUAAUGCUGCUUCACUUUGUUUUUCAAACCUUAGAUAUGGGACAUAGGUGGACAGCCCCGCUUCAGAAGCAUGUGGGAGCGCUACUGUCGAGGGGUAAAUGCUAUUGUGUAAGUGCCAAAGUCAACUUUUCUGAAACCAUUUUCCGACUGAAACAACGUUCGUAUGAACCAUUUAAAUUUGAUCAUGUCUGCCAAAGUAAAAUAAAAAAAAUGUGUUCAACUCUGUGAAGUAUGUUUCCCUCUUUUCAGUUACAUGGUGGAUGCUGCAGACAGGGAGAAGAUAGAAGCUUCUAGGAAUGAACUUCACAACCUUUUAGACAAACCACAGCUACAAGGAAUUCCUGUAAGAGGCCUUGUGAUGUUUGGGCAAAAAUGCUUCCAGUGAUACAUCUUUGAAGUUAUCACGUUGAUUUCUUUGGAUCUUUUGACUCAUGACUUGUAAUCACAUCAGUAUCACUGUGUAGCUCACAGUUGAACCAAACAAAAUGCCCAUUAAAUCUUUGCCAGGACUUUUGAAAUGAGUGUUUAUUGUCUUGACCUGGAAGCAUUUUUUCACACUGAUGUAACUGACUGCUGUGUCUUCACCUCACACUUGAUCUCUCAAUUGCUUCUCAGUGAAAUGUUGAUGUGAUAAGCAAAAAUACACACCUUUUGUUUUUACUGAUUUGUAAAAAUAAACAAUGUAUACAGACUACUAUUUUAAAUAUUCACCAGUCCUCUCACUUUUCAUUUCUGUUUCAGGUUCUAGUUCUGGGCAACAAACGAGACCUACCCAACGCACUUGAUGAGAAGCAGCUCAUUGAAAAGAUGUGAGGCACUGCGUAAAGUGUUUUUGUUGAUAAGUCUUCAUUCAUACUUCUGACUCAUAUCAGACAGUCAUGACAGGUGUCUGGAGGAUUAUGGUAGUUUUUACCUUCCCGCUCAUCCAAAAUUUGUAGAUCUAGGAGGGAAUUGCCGUAGUAUGAAAUUAUACUCAUAAUACCAUUUAUUAGCACAAUAUGAAUGGCAUGUUAAUACCCCUUUCUUAGACAAUUGAAGGCUGUUGAUGGCAGCAAACAUGUACAUCAGCACAUUCGCAGUAGGAAUCGAUGGUGCCUCGAUACGAUAUUAUCACGAAACUUGGGCCACCAUACGAUAUUAUUGCGAUUUUUAACAUUUUGCAGUACAGUAUUAAGAUACAAUAUAUUGUGAUUCAUACAAUUUUUUCAACUGUUAAGCUAAUUUAGCAUUUGUCUUUCCUUUAUGUCUUCCUUAUUUAUGCUGUAUUUUAUUUUCAUGGAGCACAUCUUGCAAACCUCAUAUAUAUAUUUGUUGUACUAACUGUCUCCUGCUCUAUGAUGUCACCUCUGCCAACCUCACUGGACAGACAGUUGAUUUUAUUUUUCCAUUAUCUUUACAGAAAAAUCGAUACUUGAUAAAUGCGACGAUACGAUAGAUCACCAGACAAAAUAUCGUGAUACUAUGCUGUAUCGAUUUUUUUCUCCAUGUCUAUGGGUGUGCUGGUCAACAAAAAACUCCUGACACUAAGAAAAAAAGGAUCUGGAUCAAUAAUGGGAAAAAAAGUAGGAGUAGGUCAGAUCCCAAAGCAAAACUAGACUCAACUGUUUGGGCUUUAUUGAUUUUUGGUAGGUAGAGAUUUUCUGUGUACAAGUCCAAAGAUUUCUCAGCUGCCCACAGUGACAGGAGUUCUCAGCAUGUAUAAAUGAAAAUAAGGAACGUACGGUACUCGUGCAAGAGGCUCUGAGGUCAGAAAGGAAAAAUACAACCAGGCGAACACAUAGCUCUUACAAAACAUUCAUGUAGCAGCUAGAUACUUCAGCCAGACUAAACUGGAAAUUGCGUAUAAUUCCAAAUCAGUAGUAUCCCAUGACUGUAAACACACAAGAGGCAAAAAUGUAACUUCAUUUUUUUCUGCUCAUGUGUUGUUUUCUCAUUCUGUUUGACUCAUAUGUGAAUAAAAAUAGCAGUGAUGGGUUAGGCGAAUCGAGAUGAUCUGGACAGACUUGUUUUUAGUUUCUUUUUUUAAUGUCUGUACACAUCAUGCUCCUGCUUCAACUGUUUUAUUUCACCGCUUCCCUUUCCAGGAAUCUGUCUGCCAUUCAGGACCGAGAGAUCUGCUGCUACUCUGUCUCCUGCAAAGAGAAAGACAAUAUAGGUAAGAAGCAGAUCGAAGUUAAAGUGAUUCCUCUGAAAAACAAGUUUUGACCUUCAGGGGGGGAUGAAAAUGUCUAAAUGCUCCCCUUUCAGAUAUCACACUGCAGUGGCUCAUCCAGCAUUCAAAGUCACGAAGAAGCUGAAAGUGAAAAAACAACCCACCCCCCCCCCAGUCGCAGCUCCGGCCUUAGCCCCCCUAAUGGUCAUGGUCCUCGACAGCCAUCCCUUUCACUGCCUCUGUGAAGUAAUCCAGCUCUUUCUGCUCACUACCAUCUCCACCUACACCGCCCACUACACUACCAUAGUUGUGAAGUCCUGUACAGCACUACCGCCACCCCAAAUCUCCGGAGCCUUGAGAAAUGUUUGAGUACUGUGCUCGAAGGUGGAUUGUCCUGACCCAUCAAGCCUUAUAGCGCAUCAUCGCAGACAUAUGUCUUUGUAAAUCAAGGAUUUUUUCUUUUUAAACAUUGUGUAUUUUUCCUCUCAACACAAGAAUCUCAUGAUGUUGCAGCGCACUAUUCCCAGCUACACUAGGAUGGAGCUUCUCUGAACUCCCGUUCAAGCAUCCGCUGCGUGUCAACGUUUGGUGUUAAUGUGAGAAGGAUGUGAUUGUAGUUCUUAACUGUGACUUGCCAAAUGAUGCUAAUGCCAAUGCCUUCAGCUCCCCAAAAAUUUACAGAAAAUGUAGCCUGCUUUUACUUGCUGGCAAAUGGAAGUAUCUAUAUAAGUAUAUCUAUAUUAAUGUUAAUUAUUUACAUUAAGUGACUUAAACUGAAGUUUACACAUAGCAUAAAGAAAGUCAGAGGGUGAGACUGCAAGAGUUUUAAGUGCCUUUGGCUGAGUGAGUAUUCCAGUCAGUUAUUGGCAAACCCAACUUCAAAUAAAAACAGUUGUUAUAGAAGAUCACUUUAUUACAUUCACCACCACCUCUCUAGACAAUCACCUUUUACGUUCUGUAAUCACAAAUGUAUUAUGACGUAGGAAUGAAAUAAUUUAUGAGAUGAAUGAGAAGAUGUUACAUUUUAUCUGGUUGAAGGGUAAUUUCAAUGCUGUUUCACUCGUAGCCUGUGACUAUUUUAUGUAGCUUGAAAUGUGGGCUAAAUUUUGCUUGCAGUUCUCAGGUUGUUAGAUUUUUCUUUUCUUUCUUUUUUUUUUUUUUUCAAUAGAAAGGAAAAAAAAACAAAAAACGUCUGAACCCAUUUUUGGGUGUGCCCUCAUACUUGUUUUUUCAACCUCUGUGUUGUUUGGCUUGGAGAACAGAGAGCCUGAAUCAUGAUGACUGCCCGCAGACAACAGAAGACAGCCCAUGACUUCAAUACGCUGCUGGGUAAUUAAUGGCACCCAAAGCGGCCACACCCUCUGAAUCCUGAUCUGUUUCUCUUUUUGAGUAGAAGCCUCAGCAGUCCAGGGACAAAGCUGUCUCCUCUUAAAGUGUACGUAUUGAUCUUAUUCCUGUCUCACAGGUUUCACCACUGUAUAUCAGUCUACAACCUGCUUGGCCAGUGCUUCUUCUUGAGACGUUUGACGUCUUUUUCAAUGUGUGUGUUUCUGGAUCAGGGCUACAAUACUGUAUUCGAGGCCCCCAUGGCUUCUACAUUUUACUGCUAUGUCUAGAUCAUCCCUCACACACCCUCUGUUAUCUCACAUGUUGUUCUGUGUCUGUUGGUGAUCGUUGUAAAUCCUGAAUGUUGAUUUUGGGACCACAGCAGCGGCAGCAGCAGCGAGGGGCUGUUAUACUUGGGUGACUGUGUGGGAAAUUUGGGGAAAGCUUUGUUACCUGUGUAAUAAUAUAGCCUGUUUGCAAUUUGUAUGUGCAUGUGCUGAAUUUAUUCACAUUCAAUUGCAGGCUUUGUAAAUAAGAAGUUAGCAUUUUUAUUCCAACAAAUGCUCCUGUAGAUGUCAUGUAUUCUUCCCCAGUGAUUGCUAAUAAAUUUGUUUUUAUUUUUAAGGAUUUCAAGUGUGGCAACCGAUCUCCUUGAGAACUUUAGAGUUUAAUUUGUCACCACCAGAUGGCAGCAGAGAACUUUAGGCGAAUAAAGUAAUGGAUUAUUGAUGAACCUA